AUGUCUUGUUCUGUCGCCUCUUCUGAAUACCUUAACGAACUACUGAGCGACAAAACAACAGUAUCGAAAAUGCCCAAGAUUUUUCUUCACGCCGAACGGCUGCUGGAUCAAGGUACUGUGUGUUUGUUGCUGCGCGUUAACUCCAAAUUUAAUGUAAUAAUAACGGCAGUUUAUGUUAAAUAAUAAUCGGUAAAUGAACAUAAAUAAUCACCAGCAGAGAGAAAUAUAACUAUGCUAGGUAAUAUCUAAUUAUUUUCAGAGGUUGAGUUUGUUCUAACACGAGUUAAGCUUAAAAUCUGUCAGCAAAAAACCCGUAAUCGAACGACAGUGCGAGCUAACGUGGACGAACCUUCUAUUUGUUUGACCGACAUCCGGACACCAUGUCCUGUGUUUACGGUACAGCGAUUUUAUUUUAGUUUAGCAUCUGUGAGACACCAGGGAUUACAAGAAAUCAUCUUGAGGUUUGUUUUAUGUAUAUGACAUUUGCUUAUACUCUGUUAUCUAUUUUUUUUCUUUGCAUCGCAUAGAUCAUAGAAAAGAGCAUUGCCCCGAUCAACGCUGUUGCCAGCGCGUUUUUUGUUAUAAAUGUCUUCCUCAUUGCUAUUCGUUUCCUUGUGAUUCAUAUGGUAUCGUUUAAAAGAUUCUUUGGGAAUAUAUAUAUGUAUCCUAGACUUCAAUGUUUAAAUGGGCUAUUUGGGUUAUUUCUGUUGUAAGCAUUAUGAGUGUUUUGUUGUGAUUUUCUGUUUCAUUGCCCCGCGUUCAAUUCUAUUGAACAAGAUUUCUUUUGACUCAGUGGGACAUUUGAAUAUUUUAUCCGCCUUGUGGAAAGCCGUUAUGCAACGCAGUUUUGAAAUACUUUUGUUGUCAUUGUUUAGUUCUGUGAUGACAAUAAAUCCUAGUGCAUUUACUGAGCUUAAACUAAAUAAGAGGGCAGUGCAAUCCCCUGAAAUGGAUCUCUUAGCUUCGUUCAACCUUAGCCUACUUGUGAAGAUACUUGCUGUAAAUUUCACGGUUGUUACUUUUCGUCGCCGACUUCGUUUUGUUUUUGUUCUUGGAUGUAAACAAAAUCAAAACAUUUGAUUUAAACCUGGAAAGUCUUUUGUUAACCGCGUUUCAGUGCUUGAAACGCUUGACGGUCCGUGAAAUUACAUGUUCCUGAUGAAGUAGAAUCGUCACGCUUGUAAUUCAAUCUCCUUUGAACUCAUUUCUUUGAAAAUCACGGUGAGAAUUUGACCUGAUUGAGUCCGGAAUUAUUCAUCACUGAGUGUCCCAACGGAGAAAUCAAACGAUCGGGAAUUAUCAAGUCAUAAUUGAGUGCUUUGGAUCAAAGCUAACAUAUUCGUAAAUGAGGCCUUCCUUUAAUUUCGUAUCCAAUUUGUUCAACGAUUUGAUAACUUGUAAGGAAUUCACUUAUAGGAAUGUGGGAUGAUUAUCGUUUUUUUCUUGAUAAGAGCCAGAUGCUCUUAUUAACGUGUCGUUAUUUAGCCAAACAGAUCGGGUCACCGAUGAACCGAAAGUAUAAUUUAGAAAUCGGCUGUCUGACCACAGAUCCACAGGCAAAGAUAUUGAAUUUGUGGUGAGGCGUUUUAAUUUGUUGUGGGUUCCUCCUUGUGAUUAAGUGGACUUUGAAAUUGAGAAGAAAUUGAUCUGUGCAGGCUAGCACAGGAUAUUUGUGUCACAUUGCUCUCAGUCACAGAAAAAGGAUCUGACAUGUCUCAUAUCAAUCUGUCAAAACAAGUUCCAGGAAAACAGAUGAGAUUUGACAACUUCUUUUCCUGCCCUUCUGCUUACUGCCAACAAAUAUCCAAGUGUUUAUUUAUUUUUGGCCCUCAACAGCUAAAUCAUUCGACCUGUCUCUGAAUUCUCAGGGUAAUUUGAUUUCUUUGUAAUAAAUGAAGCCAAUAUUUUUGAAAUUCAAUUUUGUUUUGCUUCUCCAAAUAAAGUCCAUGUUUGAUGUAAACAGCAUCCUGGCUCAGUCUUAAUUCUCUAAGGUUUUGAUUCCUUUUGCCAGCUCCUGCCAUCUGCAGUAAGUAAAAAAGAACCCUCAUCUGAUGAGGUUGUAAAUGUAAUUUAGUUCCUCUUCAAAACUUUUAACAUUGUGUCCAACUCCCAAGAAGCAACAAUUCACUCAACCAACAAUUUUUUAUUCCUUCUGAAAUAGUACAUAGUUACUGUAUUAAUUUUGAAAGGCUGUAUUUUAAGUUGUGGGACUGAAGAAUUUAACUGAAGUCCCUCAUUUGCAUAUAUAUUAAUCUGAGGAAAUGGAAUUAACAUGUACAUGUUGAACUUACCGUAGUGGUAAUAAUUUGGCUUUUAUGUAAGGUACAAGAAAGGCUGCUUGAUCAUUGAGCAGUAUAUAUACAAAAUAUGUUAUAAGGAUUUUUAAAUUCAUUAAUUUUUUGGAACCCAUUUCCAAAGGAAUUUUUUCAAUUUGAUGUGAGUCAAUGCCAUUGUCUUUCAAAAUGCUUGCUACAAGGUUUUGAAAUGAGAACCAAAAUACACUAUAAAUACGUCCUUGCAAUAAAUUAAGAAUUAUAGUAAAACUGCAUGGCUAUUGGGAAAAAUUUCAGUGAAUACAAUAUUUAUUAUUUAAAAAAUGUAUUUGUAUCCCUUUACAUCAGUCAAAUAUUUUUUGAAACCUAUAUCCUAAUCCUUCUGGUAGCACUAGUACCAGAUUAUUUUUACACCUUCCUCUGCAAAACCUGUCCUUUAAAGGCUGCCUCCCACACAUUUCCAGUUACCAGGGUGACCUCGGGCACCAAAAGGAUUUAAGGUUAGGUUUUUCUUACACAAAUCUAUUUUUAAUGGCAUAUGCAUUAUGGAGAUAAAAGUUGCAAAUCAUCCUGCUGUGCAGAAACUAUUGAAAUAAAAUAAUUAUAUGUCUUGUAGUUCACUUUUAUCCUUGGUUGACAUUUGUAUUUUCCUCUGUUUCUGGGUAUGGUAGAGUAUGAUAAUGAGUUUGAAACAAAGGAAAAUAAAGUUAAUGCCAAGAAUAAAAUUGAACCACAACAUACAUUUUCAAAUCUAAUACAGAAGUAUUUUUGUUAUUCUUAUAUGUUCUGUGUUAUUUGUUUGUCCAUGGAUAUAAAAUUUUGGGGAAUGGCUCACCAGCAUCCCAGCAAUACUCUAUUCACGUCUGACAUUCAAUUACAGGGAAAAGAGAAUGAAGUAUUAUUUUAUUUCCUCCUGUUGUUUGAUAGUUUUUAAAUACUUGAAUUUCCUUUUGGGUAUAUGGUAGCAAGUAGCUGUAACCUGAUUUCAGGUUCAUUUUCAGUGUUGUGUCUUUUUUGUGGCUUAAGCUCAGAGGAAAUGUGGCUGAAUUGCUGAAACACUAGCAUAUCAAAAUUUUGUUGGUGAAAAUGUUGGUGUCGUGGAGCCGGCUGUGUAUUCAUUGCCGUGAUAUUCUUAAAAAUAGUUCUUGCAUGACAAAAUCCUCUUCUGUAAUAAGAAAAAUAUCAAGCUACCCAAAAGUGACAAUCCGGCUCCUUAAUAAAAGAUGGAAAAUGUUGUUGAAGGUAAUCUUGUAAAAUCUCAAUAUUGAGAUAAUUAUACAACAAAAUUGAAAAAAAAAUAUUGUAGAACUUUUAAUUCUCAAGGCUUUCUAAUGUUGAGCAUAGCAUCAAUGUUACAAAAUUAUAUUAUGAAAGUGAACAUGAUAUAUUAAUAUUAGUUCUUUUGACAAUAAGCAAAUGCUGAGAAGGCCAAUAAAUUAAUGGAUGCCAUGUUGAUGAAAAUGCCUGUAGGCUUCUUAAACCAUGACAUCUCUAAAUCAAUUUUCAUCUUUACUAGAAAUCAACAGAGUCAGAAAUGAGCUGUUUCAUGGGGUUGUAAAGAAUGAACCAGACAGCGGCUUCACAGAACUUCAGCUUCCAACGGCAUCAGGACCAAGAGUGAAAUUGGCAGAAAAAGUUUAUGCUCCAGUAAAAGAGUAUCCUAAGGUACUAUUGCAUAUUUAUGUACCAAUGUUAUAACCGCACCAACAAUAGUAUACAAGUAAUAUAGAAGAAUUAUUUUAGGCACUUAGAUGAUCUUUUUAUUAAAUGAGUCUGUAUUUUCCGUGAAUUCUGUGUUUGUUGCAAAAGUUAAGAUUACAUUUUCUCAUCUUCUUAAACAGGCUUACACUUUUUGCAAGUAAGCUCACAUUUGAGUGAACUUCUCUUUUUUUCUAGACCAGGCAAAAUAUACAGCAAUAUAUACUACAAUAAAGCUCAAAACUAACUAUGUACUCAAAUAAAUGGUUCUCUUCUUUGUUGAUAAAAAAUGACUGCAAAAGAAAGAAAAAGGACACUUAGUGGAAUAUUACAUGACAUGCUAUACUGCUAACCACACCACUUGACUUUCAAAAUGGCUGCCGAACAAUCACAAACAACCAUGCUUACUUGUAAGGUAUCUUUAGUGGUAAAUCACCCUGAAAUAGCAUUGACCUUGAAAAAAUGUUUAAUUCAAGGUAAAAAUCAUUGUUUGCUUUACUUGAAUUGAGCAGUUUUUUAUGAAUUAUGUGAGUUUUCUUGAUAUUGUCAAGUUAUCGCAUGUCGCUUCUACAAAAGUAACGAAGGCGAGCCUGUGGAUGGAAACUUAAAAUAAAUGUGAUAAGAGGUCUGUAGUUUGAAAGAAUAAUUUAAUUUGAAAAUGCAAAGCAAUUUUUAAAAAACUUAUCGAUUGAAGUGAUCGAAACAUCGAUGAAAUCGAAGGUAAGCCCUGAGGAUGUAUUUUUAGGUUUAGAGUCCCCCACCCAUCUGGAUUUCCAGAGCCGUAAACCCCUCCUCCCAUGAGAUUUUUGAGCAUGCCUUCCGUCGUGGGGGUGUGGAUUUUUUCUGGAAUAACCCGGUGAUGCAUGCAGACUGACUUGCACUAAGCCAAAGCUAAAAAUAGACACUGGAUGUCAUUUGCUUUGGUGUGGACUGUUUUUAGUUUUUUUUAGCUGUCUCUAAUUUGAUUAGGUAGUAAAAAAUUGUAGGUGGUGGCUCAAUAUGUGCCACUCAACUGCUCACUCUCUCAGGUGGAUGUCUUCGUAAUUAGAUCAGUUAAAUGAGGGGGACGAUAUCAAAGCUACAGUAUUGUCACAGAAAGCAUUAAUAACUUGCAGAAUGUCCAUCAAAAACUAUUUGCUAGCUGUAAUCUGCAUAGCACCAAUGAUUUUGAAUUAGACUGCAAAGGUUGACCCAGCAGGGACUGGCAAAGUUUUAACUUUACAGUUAUGGUUCAGUGACUUAAUGACUAUCAGCUAGAAUCUGCUUGCCAAGAUUCAGAGUGCGCAAAUGUCACUACAGUAUUACCAUAAGGUGAAAUUGAAAAGACCAGUUUAUUCAAUGGUGUAUUGAAUUGAAAAAAAAAUGAAUUCAACGAGGACAGACAACAAAUUUCAAAAGUAGGUUGAGUUUGACGGCAAAUUGUUGCUCAAAAAUUAAUAUCCAAAAGUCGUAACUAUUCAUCAGUAGGAUGCCUAAAAUGUGUGCAAUUCCUCAAUUGGUUUCAGCUCCAUUAAAUCCUGUACCAAUAUUAAUGGUAGAACAUUUUAAGGGGAGCCACCCACAAUGUGAGCACAGUUACUGUCACUGCUGAGCUUGUAACACUAUUUUUGAGGUAUCUGUUUAAAUUAAACCAAUCUUCAUAUUUUUUGUAAGCUUGUUAGCAAAUAUCUUUGUGUAAUCAGGAUCCAGUCAAAACCCAAAACCACCCACGUACAGAAUUCUCUUCCUUUCCCUUCUCCUCUAAGUUAUUUACGAGUGAAGAAAGGAAUGCAAAAAAUACAAACCCUGUGAAUAUGGGCCUGUAAGAAAUUUACCAUCGACAUGUAUAUGUACAUUAAUUUGUUGAAAUUUUGUUUCAGUUUAAUUUUGUUGGUAGAGUAAUUGGUCCCAGAGGCAUGACACUAAGAGAAGUAGAAACGACGACAGGUUGUAAACUUUUAGUUCGUGGGAAAGGAUCAAUGAAGGACAAAAAAUUGGUUAGUAAAUUAUUUAAUCGUGAUGAAAAGCAUUAAGUUAGUAUUUUAGUACGAUAAUAGUCAGGCCUUCUGAUUGGGUAAUACUUACGCCAAUUCUUGGAGGGUCACUGCAACAGCGCAUAGCACCACUGUUUUAUUACUUUGGGCUGGUAACAGUCUCUGCCUCCUUGACAGUGUGCAAAGAAAUUAGUGUCUGAUAGCCUGGGGCUAGUGGAUUUUGCUAUUGGGCUAGUGAGUUCUGUUUGUAACUUGCCGGACAGGCAAGUGAAGUUUUUUUGAGGAAUUCAAAUUGCAAAGAACUGUGAAAUCAAUUCUGCUCAUCAAAAUGUUUUGGGGGCUAGUUGAAAUGAUGUUUGGGCUAGUAUAUGCUAGCUUCAGCUUGCCCAAAUGGAAAGCUUUAAAAAUGACUUUCUUUGCACCCUGCCCCACAAGAGUUACAGUGUAGACCACCACAGCGAUAACUGUGUGAGUUUGUUAAUGUCCCGUACAGGAUUUACAUGUGCAAGGAUUGUGGGAUGAGGCCAAGGACUCUCCUUAUCCAAGAAGACUAGAACGUCUAACCAUUAAUUUUUGUAGGCAGCACUUUCUCCUCAGUCAUUUAAAAUACCCUGAGGCUAUGUUGGUCCUGCCGGGGUUUGAACCAGUGGCCUCCCGCUUGAAAGACUGGCACCUAUCCAACUGAGCUACCCAGGUGGUGGUGCAUUAAGAAAACUUAAAUUAUGCAGCAUUUUCAGGGCAGGUACCACUGUGUCCAUAACAAUUUCCACAUAUCCUUUGCCGUUGUUUUGCAGGAAGAAGAAAAGAAAGGCCAACCAAACUAUGAACACUUAGAAGAAGAUCUGCAUGUGUUGAUAUCAGUGGAUGAUACAGAGGAUAGAGCUAAGUUAAGGCUGUCAAAAGCUGUGGAGAAAGUUAAGGAUCUUCUUCAACCUGUGGUAAGAUGAUAAAUUUUCUUUUUGUCUCUUUGGUUCUAACUCUCUAUGGUACUGAAAAACACAGAACUCUCUGAGGGUACUAUGAAAGAGGUCCAUUGAAUUGUCACACCGGAGGAUAUCUUCAAACUCAAAAUUGAGAUGGGCAUAUCCAUUCGCUGGCUUAUCCGGAGAGAAGUUAAGAGAGAAGUAAUGAAUACUUGCUGUUGAUUAAAAUAAUACUGCAGGAACUUGACAGCCAUCGGGUACUGCACUUUUCUUGUAUUUGUAAAAACCAGUCCUGGCUUAAUUUGUGUUCACACCCAUACAUCUACAUUUAUGUAAAGGUGUCAAAAUAAUAGCUACACUAGAGAACUUCACGAUCUUCUUUUGGGGAAGGGAAUCGUACACAGAUGCCUUUACACCCUAGUCUUCUUGACCAACAUCAAUUUUCUCCUAACAAUGUCCAUACGUUGUCAAGAGAAAUGGUUAUGAGAAUUAAUCAAAUGAUCUCCAAAGAGAAAAUGCUUUGAUCUUUUAUUAAACUCUCUCAACUUAUCUCUAAGGAAAUGUAUGAAUAUCAGUGUGGAGAAUUUGUAUGUGGAUAUUGGGACUAUAAGGGCUAAAGUGCAAAUUGGAGUGACAAAUAUUAAUGUAGAAAGCAAAAAGAAAUGCAAUCCAGUUAGUACAACACAGUGUUGCCCAUUUUUAGAUUUGCAUUGUCCUUAAAGAGGCUGUGUCACGGCAGUCCAGUUCAUUUUGUUCAAUUUUGCCAAUUACGCGUCCUCAAUCGCUAUGGAACUUAAAGUAAGCAAAGAAAUUACAUGUAAAUGACAAAAUCAGAGAUCCGAGACACACAAAUAUGUCUCCUGAGCAUUAUUUUUGAAGUUGCAAGCAGCAGGGAUCAACUUUGAAAAACUUUUAGGCUGAACAGUUUUCAAAAUCGUAAUUUCAAUCCGUUUUGCUCAUCCGUGACAUCUGUUGUUUCUGUUAUAUGUUAUUUUAACCUUCCUUUAAGGUUUUAAGUGGUUUUUUAAUUUUUAUCUUAAUUUAAUGGGCAUUUUGUAGUUUCCUAAUUUGGCUGAAUUUCGUGACACAGCUCUUUUAAGUGUCCUAAAGGGCCAGAAAAAAAGCACAAUCUACUUCCUGACCCGCUCUUUAUUUGUCGCUGUUUUUGUUAUCCUAGGAUGAAGGUGAAGAUGAAUUAAAAAAGAAACAACUGAAAGAUUUGGCUUUGAUGAAUGGAACCCUUAGAGAACAAGCAGGUUAGAGUUUGUAUUUGUUGAUUUCCCUAUGAUACAUGUAAAAGUACAGUGAACUAAGCAAACAUGGCAGACGUGAAGCAGAUGCAUGUACAUGUAUGUGUCAGUUGGAUGAGGAUACGUAUCAGCGCUGACAAGCAUCUGCAUCAGCUGAGAUGUGUCAAGCAGGAGAAGGUUUCUCUUUCAUUAUUCACUAUAAUCACAGCUUUGCUUUCUGUGGGAUUGUGCACACUUCAAUUUGUUAUAUUAUUUUGGCAACGCUGUGACUUAGCAACAGCGUCACAGUCAACAUCCAUCAUUCCAAGAAAUGAUUAGGCAGGACAGGGAUUUUGGAGCUGUUUCACAGAUGGAUUUAACCAGAGGUUUAGUUUUGUCUGUGGUGCAGACUAUAGAUUAGGAAAGAUACGGUUUUUGUGCAAGGUUUUAAAGUUGCUGUGAGGUUUUUCCCUUGACAGCUUUAUCUUUUUUUCCCUUAGGUGGUGCUGCAGUUCUACAUAAUGGUCUCCUGGGAAUGCCUAUUACACCUGCAUUAGCUGGAUAUUCAUUCGCCCCUCGACCUGCAGGUAAGGCUCAUAAUUUCAGGGUUCACAUCUCAUGGUGUUAGUUCUUCAAAGUACCUUAACCAUUUUACAUUGGAAGAUAAAAUAGCUGUGAUCCAAAACAACUAUAAAACAUGUAUCACACCCUUUUGGUACAUUUCUUUGCUGUUACCGCAUGAAUACUACAUGUAUAUGAAUUUUCCUUAUGCGACACUUUAUGGGGGACUUAAAUACUCCAUGACAAAAUUUUUCUUUCUCUGUUUCUGAACUUGGAUGCAGUCUGCACAAAUUCAUCUCCAGGUCAGUUGUCAAGUUGAAUCAGGUUGAUUGGGUCCCGAUAAAGUUCAAACCGACAAGAAUUAACUGUUAAGUUUAAAUUCAGGUGCACAAGAUUAUAGGAUUGCACCAGACCCAUGUCUGAGACUUGCAAAGGCAAGCAGUUUCUUUCAGUGAUACUUUGAUAGCCCGGUGACAGUGUGGAUGAUAUCAUGUAGAAGAAACUCAGUCAUCAUCCUUACCUAUGUCACAUUCAAUACUGUCUUUAUUUAUAUAUCAUGCACUUAGUUUGGCUUUGGCUUUAUCUUUAAAAUGUGAUGGAGGAAAACACAGCUUGAGAUUGGUGGCCACUGAUUCUGGACCAGUUAAGCAGCAUGGUCCAUCUUGUGUUUGUUUCAAAAUAAAGUGAUGUUUCUGCUUAAUUUUUAAUGCUAAUAGUAUGCAAAGAUAUUCUGUUGACCAUUUUCACCAAGACCAUAGUGCACCUUGUUUACACCCCAGAAUUUUGCAUCACCAUUGUCUUUGGUUUCUCUUGGGACAACUGUAAUACCCAGGAGAAAUUGGAAAUAAUAAUAAUAAUAAUAAUAAUAAUAAUAAUAAUAAUAAUAAUAAUAAUAAUAAUAAUAAUAAUAAUAAUAAUAAUAAUAAUAAUUUAGUCAUUUAUAGUUCGCUUUCAACAUGCUAGGUGAUCAAAAGUGCAUUACAACAAUAAAUAACCUAAAAACUAUACAAAUAAUAGAAAUAUACAAAUAUAAUUAAUAUCUGAGAGAUAUUAAAGCCAAUUUAAAAGAAAAGGUUUAAGAUUAGACUUAUAAGUAGAAAUACAUUUGAUGCUACGGAGGCUAACAGGAAGAACAUCCCAUAAAGUGGGCGCAACCAGACCGAAGGAUCUGUUACCAAAUGACUUUUUCAUUUUCUCUGAUGGAUGCUUUAAUAAAACACCUUCAUUAGAGCGCAGCAAAUAGCGCGUAUUAGUCUUAGUAUGAAUUAAAUCAAUGAUGUAACGAGGUGCCAUGCCAUAGAGGGCUUUGAAAUAAUAAUUAUGUAAAAUUGUGGAGGUAACAUUGUUCAUUAUGCUCGCAGUGAAAACAAUAAAUUGAGCAGUCAACCGCCGUUAAUUGACCACUUAAUGGAAGUUCAGCAGUGCUGUCUUUGAAUAUUACAUUUAAGGGAGGUGUCACUCGUUGAAAGGGGGACCUUACUUGAAUUGGGGCACUACAGGUGUAAUUGGAGCUCAUUGAACGCUAAAUUAACUGUUUUUGUAUAAUGUUUCAGUUCCUAGUGCUUACCCUGCUGGCUUCGCUGGGUUGGAUUUCACGGCGUAUGGUGCCAGAGGAACUAUUUUCGACUAUGGGUUAGAACCAUCCAUUCUUGGUGAGUUUAACUUUAAUCUUACUUUUUUUAACACUUUGGAAAGCUUAACCUUGAUUUGUCUUUUUCCUUGUUUGAAACCCAUUUAAGACAGCAUUUACAGACUUUUUGUUUGUUUUAACUUUACCUACUGAUUUCUAGACCAAAUUAACUCUUUAGUGAAUGUAAAACCAACAGCAAGACAAUCUUUGAAAACUAUGUAUCUUUGUCACUGAAAUGUUUUGCAGUAUUGACAAGCGAUAAUUUGUAAACUGAUUCAUGGCUGUCAUUAAGGGCUCCCAGCUACUAUGACCCAGACCCCUGGCUACUUUUUGUAUGAAACAAAAGAAAAAUACAGUUAGAAUCUGAAGAAGCUCCCAAGCUUUUCAAUUCCCUACCUACUAGUUGUAUGUGCCUGGCAACUUGAUAUCUGAGUGACAGCCAAAGGGGGUUUGCGAUUGAUGAGUGCUUUGAUGUUUCAGGUGCAGUAAAACCAAGGAGACCUGUGAGGGAACAUCCCUAUCAGAGAUGAAG